AUGUCUGGUAACAUCAGCACCAAUUCCAAUCCUAAUCCUAAUCCGAAGAAAGUAUGGACAACCCUAAUAACAAACAGUUCCUACAUUCCCGGCCUCCUGACCCUCGAAUACUCUCUCCGCCGAUGCGAGUCAAAAUACCCUUUCGUGGUCCUCUAUACAGACUCCUUCCCAAUUUCUGGCCACGCAGCCCUCGAUGCACGCGGGAUUGCGAAGAAACAUGUGCCCUACCUGCUCCCCUCGAUACCCAAGGACUACACGAAUGACGUACGGUUCUACGACUGCUGGAGCAAACUGACGCCAUUCUCGCUGACUGAAUAUGAGCGGGUCGUGCAGCUGGAUAGCGAUAUGCUGAUUCUGAGGAACAUGGACGAGCUUAUGGAUCUGCAGCUAGAUGGGCCGGAAAUGAAGGGGGAGGGAAGCAGGGUUUUUGGUGCAGCGCAUGCUUGCGUCUGUAACCCGUUGAAAAAGCCUCAUUACCCUCCUAACUGGGUUCCAUCCAAUUGCGUCUAUACGGACCAACACUCCCAUCCUGAACUUGCAUCCCACAUUGCUCCUCCAGCAUCAGCAGCCCUCGGCAUUCCCAAUGGCGGCCUCCAGGUUGUAAAUCCGUCUCUCGAGAUUUACAACAAAAUAAUUGCCCAGCUUGGGUCAGCCGCAACGUCGUCCUACGACUUCGCGGACCAGUCUUUGCUUGGUGAUCUGUUCGCUGGGAGGUGGGUGGCGCUGCCGUAUGUGUAUAAUGCGCUUAAAACGAUGAGAUGGAGAGGCGUGCAUGAUGUUAUCUGGAAAGAUGCGGAGGUGAAGAAUGUGCAUUACAUUCUCAGUCCGAAGCCUUGGGAAGAGGAUCCGGAAGGUCGGGAUCAGGACCAGGAACAGGACGGGGUGGAAAUAAGGGUCGGUAACAGCGAUACCAAAGAUCCUUUACAUGAUUUGUGGUGGAAGGUGAAUAGAGAGAGGUUGAGGGAGGAGAAGAGAAGGGGAAUCAAUGAUCGGUUCUGA